GAUGCCCGGCAAUCGGCCUAGAAAAACUACAAUUUGCCUUCAUACUGAAUAACAAAUGCGCAUCAUCGAGGACAUGAAGUUUGAAAUAUCUGAUAUUCGAAAGACAAAUGCAGACAUAGAAAAAUCACUUGAAUACCUGUCUUCAGAAUAUGAUGGUAUGAAAGUUAGUCUAGUCGAUCUGGGACAAAAAUGCUCUGCACAAUAACUGCGUAUAAAAGAGUUAGAGAGUGUUGAGGAGGAACAAUGCAGGAAAUUCAAACUAAAUCUACUAUAAAUACGUAAUGUUCCCUGCAGAGACAAGGAGACUACUGAAGACCUUGUAAAAACUUCACUAGACAUUUUCAACGUGAUAUCGGCAUCGGUUGACCGACCAGAUAUACUGGACAUCCGUAGACUCCCAUCCAAAACAGAGAAGACGAUUCUUGUCACCUUAAAAUCUGUAAUUCUAAAAAACACCGUACUGCAAUCCUUUAAAGCAUACAAUGAAAUGAACAAAAACUGUAAGCUGAACACAAAACUGAUAUCCAAACAGCACCCCGGAGCCCAUCUAUAUAGACGAGCACUUGACGAUGAAGGGUAAACGUCUAUAUUACCUAGCUCGGCAGUUCACCAAGUCAGGUCAAUUCCAGUUUAACUGGACUGCAAAUGCCAAAGUGCUUUUGCGAGAGAAAGAAGGAGCUAAAAUAAUCAUCGUGUCCGUCGAAUCUCAAAUAAAUCAAGUAUAAAAGCGAAAAAUUACUGGACUUUGAAAGAUAUGAUCUCAUUUUCUACAAGAAGCAUUUAGUAAAAAGACUGCUUAACUUGUGUUUCUCAAAGGUACUUUAUAGUUUACUUAACUAUCAUUAUUCCCAUUUUUUUACUGAAAUAUUAUGUAUGUAUUUUAGUCGGACCCACAUGCCAAAUAAAAAAUGUUCCUAUUACAACCCUUACACAAAAACACACUUAAUACACACACACACCUAAAUAUGCACACUAUUACACACCACACACACAAAAUACACCAAACAUGCACGCAUUUAAACACACUUCCAACAUAUCCCAGCAACACUCGUAUUCUAAACCUGAUCAAAUCACUCUCUAUACAUACUACUAUAUACACCCCAAUUGCUCAACACUUUCCAUUCAACGCAGUAAAACAUCCUUGCAUAAAAAAAUAACUCAUAGCUUUUAUUGCCGCAUCCACAACUAUCACGUCUUUCCGCCAAAUUCAACUAAUUACAACCACUCAAAAAUAUUUAAAAAUUCGCGAUGUUGAAACGAACUCGUAAAGAUACAGAUUUUACAGCUGUUUCUACCUGUAAGGGCGCCUUCAAAUUUGCCGCUAAGUGCCGCGCGGAGGCAGCGCGUCUGCAGCGCUGCGGUCGCGCUGCUUUGUAAAUCCAUACAGAUAAAAAACGCGCGAUUGCAGCGCUGCGCUCGCGCUGCAAUCGCGCAUCAGUUCAUCGAUCGACUAGUGACGUUGCGCACGUGUCUAUAUGUUGUUCAAGUCUAAACAUGAACGAAAAUCAGAUUGAAGAAUUUAUCGAUGAAGUUGAAAGUCGUCCAGCGAUAUGGGAUUCGAGGUCCGACAAGUACAGCAAUAAAAUCGAAAAGAAAAAGGCUUGGGAAGAAAUAUGUAAUAAAUUUAUUGAAAAUUUUACAAACAAGACCGCAAGUGAAAAAAAUGAAGCAUCUAUACUACUGCAACGCAAAUGGAAAAACCUAAGGGAUUCUUAUAGUCGUGAACUUAAUAAGCAAAGAGCAUCAAAGAGUGGAUCAGCUGCGUCAUCACAUCGAAAAUAUCAACAUUUUGACCGACUUCAAUUUUUAUCGUGUUUGUCGGAGACCAGACCUAUUGAUAUUUCUACUCAGCCCUCGACAUCAAAAAAGAGGAAAGUUUCGGAGCAGCCGGUAGAAGAUGACACUAAUAAAAUUUUGAAAAUACUCAUUGAAAGAAUGCAAAAAAAAGAUGAAUCUAUUGAAAAUGAUGGCGAUCGGUGUUUUUUAUUAUCAUUAUUAAGUGAUUUUAAGAAAAUACCUGAACACCGCAAGACGGACGCAAAGUACGAAAUGAUCGGUCUGAUACGACGAUUUAUCAAUGAUAAUUUCGAAUAUUCUUAUCAACAACAUCAUGGCUACUUUACUUCUACGAAUCAAUCAAGCCAAAGCCCAGCCAAUGUGUCAAUACAAGAAUCACCAUCACAACUGACUGAUAUGUCGUCUAUUUAUGAGAAUUUGUUUUCAGAGAGUAAUGACAAUAUUUAAAAAUAGUAAUAAGAAAUAUGUGUAAUGUG